AGCAAGCGCUCGCUUUCCGACGGAAAAAUCCUUCCCGCAGCCGCUUGGCCCCAAAGCUCACGCGAAACGCGCGACGCGCAGAAAGAGAUCUCUCGCAGAGAUGGCGGGAUAUGAAGUGCCGGGAGCAGUGGAGGAGGUGGACCCCAGGCUGCCUUUGUUGGCCAUGGUACGUCAAGGCGGGCUGUCGCCGGAGCUGCAGAGCCUCUUCCGGAAGCACGCGCACAAAGCGCCGGGCAAGGAGCCCCUGGUGAAGAAGGAGGACUGCGGGCCGCUGGCGAAGGAGCUCCAGCGCCGCUACGGGCUGCAGAUUCCGCUUUCGGAGGAUUUGACCUUGGCGCAGCUGCAGGAUCUGCUCUUCGCCUCGGUGGUGGAGACGGACGCCUCUCCUUCGGCCACCAAAGAGGCGACGAGAUCCGCCGUCGCGGCGGUGAAGUUCCGGUCGCCCGAGGAGACUCUGCAGGUGAUCUCCGUCCUGGGGGAGGGCGCCACGGGCCGGGUGGUGCUGUGCAGAGACAAGGCCACGGGCGAGAAGCGGGCGCUCAAGGUGGUGCACAAGAAGGGCGACGAGGAAGAGCUCGCGCUGCGCCGCCGCACGGCGCGCGAGGAGGUGAAGCAUCUGCAAGCGCUGGACCACCCGCACGUGGCGCGGGUGUACCAGCAUUUUGAGGAUGCCCAGGCCUGGUAUCUGGUGCUGCAGUACUGCAUGUGCGGGGACUUGGAGAAGAUUAUGGAAGAUUACCGGGAGGAUGCAGGGGGCUACGGUUUGGUGCAGAUGCCAGUGCUGUUCACGGUGAAGGUGACGUAUCAGGUGCUGUCGGCGCUCUCCCAUGUGCAUGGCAGAGGCAUCAUGCACUUGGAUAUCAAGGGCCAGAACCUCAUGUUUCAGGUUGCGUACCGAGGUACCAUCCUCCCGGCGGAGAGCGCGGCACACCCGGCGCCCUGGCAAGCCGUGAAGGAGCCCCAUGUGGUGCUGGUGGAUUUCGGCACCGCGCAGGCGGUGAAACAGCCGGGUAAGCAGCCAGUAGGCACGUCCUACUUCAUGGCUCCGGAAGUGUGGUCUUCUCAACUCACGCCCAAGGCAGAUAUCUUCAGCCUGGGGGUGGUGCUGUUUCAGCUCCUGGGCGGGAAGCUGCCCUUCUCGGUGCCGGACAACAUCGACAUGGCCCAGGCGUAUUGGGCCAUGGAGCCGCUGGCUCCCUGGGCCGAGGUGCCUUAUGUGGCCCCGCAGUGCCAAGAGGUGUGCGACUCCAUGCUGACGCCUUCCGUUGCUCUGCGGCCGAAGGCAGAGGAGCUGCUGUUGCAUCCGCUUUUCGCGGAGCUGCACGGCGAUGCCGAGGCAAAGGACGAGGACGUUGAGCUUCCCGGCCACUACGCGGCACGCCUCGCCAACUUCCCGGGCCGCGACGUGCUGCAGAAGUGCUUGCGCAUGCGCUUGGCCUUUGCCGCCUCAGCCAACCAGAUGCCAAGCUUCAGGCGCGUCUUCCUGGCCCUCGCCGGCGGCUCCGCCGCCGUAGCGCCCCGGCGCCUCGCCGCGGCGCUCGCCGGUGCCGGUGUGGCGCCUGCGCAGGCGCGCGGCGCGGUGCAGGCGCUGGCGGAGGACGGUCGCGUGGGCUGGUGCAGCUUCGUGGCGGCGCUGGCGGACCUCGGGGAUCCAAAGUACGAAGGCUUCCUGCGGCAGUGCUUCGACCAGGCAGACCAGGAUGAGGACGGCCUCUUGGGCAUUGAGGACCUGGCGAGGCUGAUGCACGCGGACUGCGGCAAGCACGCGGUGCUGCUGCAGGAGUACAUGGUCGCCCUCUGCGGCCACGACAGCCCCGGCGCGAAGUUCGAGUGGAGCAGCUUCUUGCGGCACUUCCGCAGCGACCCCGGCGAGCGCGCCAGGGACGGCGAGUCUCCCACGGAAGCGCCGCGACAUGCGGGUCAGAUGGACGAUGCCUUCAAGCAGUGGGCGGGCACGCUGCUGGACGAAGCGGUUCAAGAGAUGACGCAGUGAGCGCAAGGAAUUGCCUGGCAAUUCACGUAUCUCUGGGUGUGUCCUUUUUGAGGCUGCCCUUUUUUGGGCCGUGC